CCCCGCGUUUGUGGGAUGUCUGAUUGUCGCCAGUAUACGAACAGGAGCUGUGAGGAGUGCCUGAAAAAUGUCACCUGCCUGUGGUGCGCCAGCAGUAGGAGGUGCAUGGAGUACCCCGUCCAAAGAAUCCUCCCCCCGGCCGACCUGUGUGAGCUCCGCUCUGCGCGCUGGGGAGUCUGCUGGGUGAACUUUGAAGCCCUGAUCAUUGCGAUGUCCGUGGUGGGAGGAACGUUCCUUAUCAUGUUGGGGGUCUGCUGCUGCUGCUGCUGUUGUAAGAAAAAAAGCAAAAAGCCAGACAAGGAUGAUGAGAGAGCAGCCAGGGAGCGCGAGAAGAGGCGGGUACGGCAGGAGGAGAGGAGAGCAGAGAUGAAAUCACGGCAUGAUGAAAUCCGAAGAAAAUAUGGCCUGUUCAAGGAAGAGAACCCUUAUGCAAAAUUUGAGAAUUAGCAUCUCCAGACCCACCGACCCCGGUGAACAGUGCCUUCUGCAGAGCCAAAAGUCUCCAGGUUUCCCUCCCCAUCAGGAGACCACCACUUCAGCUGCCACAGAGGAUGAGCCAAAUGUUUGCUGGCACCAUUGUCCCCACUCUGGGUGCUCAAUUUGCCCAGAGCUUUGCUCUUGCCCUGCUGGCGCAAGAAAAAGUGGUGGCAAUACCAGACAAGGGCACAUUUCUUCUCACUCACCCCUGGGGUGGUUGCGGGAUCCAAAGCAAUGCAAGCAACAGCCCUUGUCCCUGGCCAAGGGCAAAAGUCACC